UGCUAAGUUUGGGCUAAAACUUCUCCCAAUGAAAGCCAGAUAGGUUCUAAAUGGGGAAGUGUCGCUCUACGUGGCGGCGCUUCCCUUUAACCAAACUGACCAAAACUUUCCGCAGGAGCCCCUUAUUGAAGAAAACUUUAAUUAUCGCGAGCGUUUGUGCGGUUUAUCUCAUUUUCGUGACUUCGCACUUCGGAAGUUCGUCGCAGGACAGAACGACGGCGCACGAUGACGACAAGAGUGGACAUUCGCGUGGAUUGUAUCAUGCGGGAAACAGUGAAUCGAUUCCCGUCGCUGCCGUGGCUCCGACCCGGCCCAACGUGGUGUACAUAACACUGAAAUCGAAGCGUCUGAAGCCCGCUAACAUACGAGGAACUGUCAGGCCGAAGCUGAGGAGAAAGACGAAGACGCACAAGACUGGCACGUUUGCUUUUACGCACGGCCGGGGUGAUUCUUCGGAGCGUGACGCGAACCAAACCAUUGCGCUACACACUCCCUGGAGCGAUAUAAAGAAGCUGGAUUACAAACACGUGGAUAUCCCUGAUAACAGUCCUUGCCCGGUGGUGCAGUGGGCGUCCUCCCCUCCCUCCCCUGUGCACAUCACAUGGGCACAGUACCAGCGCUCGCUCAAGCACAAGUGCUGGCUCAAGAACAUCUCUCCAAAGUCUGACUCUGACUGUUCCUCCAUCCAUCACCACGAAUGGAGCAGACUGGCAAUGUUCGACUUCCUAUUACAGAAUCACCGGCGCUUGGACCCUCAGUGCUGUGGCUUCAGGCCUCGUCUCCAGGAUGAGUGUGGAGGCUCAGGGUGCAGCAGGCUGGAGGACAUGGAGCUGGAACAUCUCACCCACACUGAGGAAGACCCACGACACCUUCUCUUCACCCACAACACAGGCUUCUUUGACCACAACGAAGACAACCUGGACUUCAGACUGCUGGAGGGCAUCACAGAACUUCCAGCUGCUGCGGUGGCAGUGCUCCAGAAUGGCAGGCUGAGGGAGCGGCUCCUUCAAUCCCUCUUCAUAGACCAGACGUUCUGGGAGAGCCAGGGCGGGAGACAGGGCAUCGACAAAAUCAUCGGAGUACUGGAGAAACGCGCUCAAGUCCUGCUCACCUACAUCAAUGCACACGGAAUCACACUCACCCCUAUCAGCACAUGAGGGACCUGCACAGAGAUGAAGGAACACAAGAAAUGACGUUUUACUGGAUUCUGGAUUACUUACUUGUAAACUGUGAUUGGUUAUUUAAAGAGGGAGUAUUAUAAUUUCAUUGAAUUAACUGCUAACACAUAACAUAUUUAGAUCACCAUGUUAUCUUUUAUUGUUUUGAAAAUGCCGAAAACAUUAUCUUUAAUAAUAAGUUUUAGUUUUGUUUUUCAUUUCAUUCAGAGUUACCCCUCUCUUUGCUCCCCAUGUUAAGUCACUGCCCCUUCAGAGCAUGAUCACAUUUCAAUCAGCAUGCAUCCUGCUCAUGAAACUACUGCACAUUGCAUUAGGUUUGCGAAGUUGUAGUGUAUUGUUUUGUAUCAUGCUUUUGUAUAUUUAUGGAGAACUGUCGUGUAGGAGCAUGGGUGAUGUAGGCUUGUGGGCAGAGCUUUGGACAGCAACAACUUUUUGUUGAGGGAACAACAUUAUAACAUGGCAGGAAGCUCCAAAAAGUAAAUUUACAAUAAUAUUGCCUCUUUAAAGGUAGUAUGUAACUACUCUGUUGGAUGUUUUUGCUUGUUUCCAUAGAAAUUAUUUUGCUUAUCUUGGGAUGUUCUAUCUAGAGACAAACAGGUGCCACAAGAUCAAGCUACAAGUUAGAUUUGUGACGAGGCAACCUCCCACUUAAAAAGAAUGUAUGUUUGUGAGGCAUUUUUGAGAAAUAGAAAUGCCUAUAAUGAAGAUUGAAAUGUUUAAUGUAGGGGUGGAACAUUAAUUAACAUGAAUUGUCAGUGCACUAUGUCGUGGUACAUCAAUUAUACUGACACACAGUUCCAACUACAACAACAAUGGGGCAUGAAAGCUCUCUGGGUCUGAUGCACAGUAAAUUUGUAUUCAAAAAACUACCUGUUGAAUGCAAUGACAAAGCCACUGUGCAGGCAAGUACUGACAAAGGCAUUGUGCAGAGAAGUUUGCAUAUUACAGAAGCACCUCAAACCUACAAUACUAUUUAAAUGCAAAACAUGUCACAGCGAGCACAGAAACUGCUGGAGCUGUUGGCGGAAACAGUCCUGGUCCAAGUACAGACAAGAGGUCGUAGGAGCCCAAAGUCGAACAAAUGGCAUGCUUCAGGAAGAAAAUUUGUAAAUGAGUAAGGCAAAUAUUGUUAUGUGAUUAAAGCCUGAUUUCUGAAGUCCCACCCCUAGUUUAAUGCCUCACGGUCGAAACAUUUCUACCUAAACAAUAAAAUUUCUUUGUAAACAAGCAGGCGGUGGACCCCUCACUAGAAGAGUUACAUAUUGCAUCUUUGAACAUCAGAGUGAUGUGUUAAAGAUGCAUAAUAACUGCAUAAUCAUUCUAUCAUUACUGUAUUAUUCAUCAUAACACUUGUAUUUUACAGUUACAUUACUUCUGCUAAUAUUGUGCCUAUUAUACACUACAUCGCACUGGGGGUUCAGCAGCUUCCAUGGUGACACAAACAAUACCAAACACUCUCAAAAAAGUUUUUAAAUCAUUUGGAAACUCAAGAAAAACAACAUGGAUUUAAACAUUUUAAGGAGCCCGUGAUCAAUGUGAGCAUUCCUGAUCCUGUUUAGAGGUUUGAUUUUACAAAAAAAAAGAUGAGUGACUGAUAAACUUUUGACUAAAGCGAUAGCUUGUGACUCUAAUUUUAUGUGUACGAGACUUGUUUAACAACACAAAUCAGCUCACGUGUUGUAGUUCCAGGCAGUACAGCCUUUUCUGGUCAGAUUAUGUUAAAAUAAAACUGAGAUGAAGUCUAACUUGAGGAACAGACCUUGUAACAGAGUAGUGCUUCCAGUUAGCUUCACACCCCCAGGGAAUGUUGAUGAUAUCAGCUGCAAAGUAUCAAUUGGCAACUCUUAAUAAUACUGGUGCAAUACUAUUCAUGCAAACUCAUAACAGAUUUCAACCAGAGGAGGAAUUUUCUCGCAUAUUUGCCUCAUAAAAAAACUAACUUCCAGUUACUUUUUUGUGUAUAAAGUUAUAAAUGCUUUUGUCUUAGAGAUAAAACCAGCACAAUU